AUGGUGAAGAAAAAGAAUUACGUAAUGAAGGGGAUGAAGAAUUACGUAAUGAAGGGGACGAAGAAUUACACGAAGAAGAAAAAGAAUCGCGCGAAGAAGAAGAAUUUCGCGAUGGAGGAGAAGGAUUUCUUCAUGCUGAAGGAGGAUUUCGCGAUAACAGAGGAGGAGAAUCUUAAGGAGGAAACAGAUUACAUGAAGAGUGGUUAUGAGCUUGUGAAUUCUGUGGAGGAAAUCUUCUACAACACAAGAGGGCCUCGUGCGGUGGCGUCUAAUGGAUUGUUUAUGACAUGGGCAGAUGGUGAAGACGUUAGGAUUGUCGACUUAGAAUCGUUCGUUCCUGAAAACCCACCGAUACUAAAGGGCAAUGAUGGACCAAUUACAGCUCUGGCUCUUUCUCCUAACAAUGAUUUGGUGUAUGCUGCUGGUCGGAAAAACAUUUGUGCUUGGGAACUUCACUCCAAAACACUUCGAUGGUCCAAGAUAAAGGCAUAUCUAUUAUCGUCAACUUCUUUGUGUUGGAUGUUGUUGUUGCUGCUACCGGGCCGAGGGUCUAUUGGAAACAACCUCUUUCUAUGGGUGUUAGUGAACCUAGGGUUUAUUGAAAACAACCUCUCUACUUUGUGGGUGUGGGUGGCCCUAAUGUUAUUGAAAACCACCUCUCUACUUAGUAGGGGUAAGGACAGCAUAUACACUGAUGGGGCUUUUUCUUUCUUUUUUGUUUUUUUUCGUUUUUUGAUUGUUGUUGUUGUUUCUGCUACCAGGUAG